AUGACCGACAAUCUCCUGACCCUGUUCUGUCUUGUUAAUGGUGAAUCAACCCCGUUCCCUCUCGAGAUUGAUUCCACCAAGACAAUCGGUGGCCUUAAGAAUCUCAUCGUCAAUGGAAACCAAGCCCUCGCGUUCAGGGAUGAUGCUGCCAAAGACCUCAUUCUCUGGCGUGUCUCAAUCCCCGUCGUGCCCAAGGAGCGCAAGGAAAUCUCACUAGCUGACAUCCCAUCAAAGGAGGAGCUCGAUGAGACAGACGAUGUAUCCGAUGUCUUUGAAGAAACGCCACCCAAGAAGACGAUCCACAUCAUCGUCCAACGACCUCCUCUAGGUGACCUCCGAGCUGAUAUCAAAAAGAUCGCGGACCGAUUCUUUGCAACUGGAUCUCCUGCCUCUGACUUUUUGGAUGCAUACGUGCGAGGCGAAAAGAGUUUACCUGUGACUACAGUUGACCAAACAGUUCUCGACGAGCCCUUCGUGCUGAAAGCCACUCUCAAUUACUUCCGGGAAAAGGAUCCCUCACUUGUAUCUGCUGCGGAGCGGGCGAUGCUGCACUCGGACAAUGCCUCGGUAUAUGGCGGCAUGCGGGAAACGAUGAUGCCGCACGUUUUCUUGGAGACGUUCAAGAGUCGACCGUUGUCCUCGUGGCCUUUGUUGGCCAAUUAUUCUCUUCUAGAUCAGCUCACAGGAGAUGUGACGAUCGUUGGUUACGACGAACAACAGCCAAACUUAGCCGCGUCGCACAGAAAUCUCACCACGCAGCAAUUUAUGAAGGCGCACGUUGAAAACAACUCCAAGAAAGGUGGUCAGGACAUCCCUCCAUUCUACUUCCCGGCGCCUCAUAUUUCUGGACCAGACGUUGUCUUCUACAUCAAGAUCGGUGGUAACAUCUUCCCAGUAUUCGUCCAGUUGAAUUACGACAAGUUUUAG